AUGCAUCGAUGGCUUCGAUGGCAAUCCAUUUUCAACGUUCUGCGUGUAGCCUAUGUGGCCGGUGAUGAUGCUCACCGCUCUGUGCGAGUCAUGAGGGCCCAACGAGAUGAACUGGGAGCCUUGCAAACGUCAGGUGCUGGCAUCAGUGAAGAUGAAUUUGCUUACUCUACAGAUGGACUGGAUCCAGACAGCUCUUCAUUGAACCUGCAAUGUGAUGACAUGCCUUCGGGCUUUUGCUGUGGAUUGUCUCCAAAGAAAAUUCGCAUCGACACUGGAGACGAGAAAUGUGCAUGUGCAGGACCCGAAGAAGGCGGAAAAUUUGGAACACAGGAAGCGAUAGACAAGUAUUGCAAAGAGGUCAUCCAGCCCUGCAAGCAGCUCUCGCAUGUCGUGUGCUGCGAUAUGUCGCCCAAAAUGAUUCGCCAUCACGAUGGGAAUGACCAAUGUUGGUGCAGUGGUCCUCAGCCAAAUACCUCCUAUAGCACGCAGCCAGCUAUUGAUGACUGGUGUGCGUCUGUGAUCAAGCCUUGUUCGGCUGUUUCAGAAGGUCAUUGCUGUCAAAUGCAUCCAAAGCAAAUUAGACAGGGAGCUGGCGACAAGUGCUGGUGCAGCGGCCCAUCUUUAGGUACGCGAUUCCCAUCUCAGGCACACAUUGACCAGGCAUGCAGCGAGGUGGUGAAGCCGUGUUCUGAAAUCACCCGCACGCAAUGCUGCUCACUUUCGCCCAAGCAGAUUCGCUACAAUGAUGGACGUGAUGGGUGUUGGUGCAGCGGCCCGGUUAAAGGAGAACCAUAUUCCACACAGAUAAUGAUCGAUGAAUGGUGCGCCAAAGCAAUGGCCAUCACGACGUCAACAACCACCGCUACCUCACAUAUAACUACCGCGCCCACCACGACCACGACUACGCUGGCAACUGUUGAUUGCAAUGAGGUCUCAGAGGCAAAGUGCUGUGCAAUGACACCCAAGCACACCGUGGUAAGGUUGCCUGGCGAUAGGUGCUAUUGCGCUUCGAACUCCACUGGCAAGUCGCAGCAAGCAAUCGACGCGAGCUGUGCUGAAGUGGUGAGACCAUGCACUUCAUUCCGACAGGAGGAUUGCUGCCAGGCUUCACCACGAAAAUAUCUCGUUGGUGAUCAGAAGGGUGUGCAGACUGCUGUUGGCACCGACGAUACAAAGAUGUGUACAUGUGCUGGCCCUCUGAAGGGAAGUCGCUACACCCAGCAACAGGCGAUCGAUGAAGCCUGCUCAAGGCUUUUCACCCCUUGCAGCCAGCUGCAGCAGGUCAGCUGUUGCUUGUCAUCACCGGCGAAAUUCAGAGACGGACGUGGUAACCAAUGCUUUUGCUCCGGACCUUCUCCCCGAGGGCUUCUGAAGACUCAGCAGGACAUUGACACGAAGUGCAGUGAAGAAAUUCAGUCUUGCAAAAGCCUUCCUGCGGUAGCAUGCUGCUCAAAGAUUCCCCGCCAGGUUCGAGUUGGCGAUGGCGCAGGGCGCUGCUGGUGUUCUGGUCCAUUCGUCAAUGGUAAUGUGUCGCAUUCCCAAGAGAUGAUCAACUCCUUAUGCUCUUCAGAAAACCCGCAGACUCUGCAGAUGGCAUGA